AUGUUAUCAUCAACCGGGCCAUCAUCGUCAUGUUGUUAUUACGGACGGGCCGGAGAGCGCACCGCACACGCUUUUCUUUUCUUUUCUUUUCUCUGGGACACGUCGCGGCAACCAAACCAGGUGGAGCAGCACUACCGCCUCUGCCACACCAACCACGUCUCCAACAAAUCGUGGGAGGCAGGCGUCCUCGCCCGGUCGGUCCACAGCCGAGUACUUCCCCUCUUUCGAUUCUUCUCUCUAUCGCUCUAUCCUAUCCUGGUGCUGCUUUGCGGUCUGGAUGCGGUAGUAGAGCCUGGCGAGAUGUGCCUGUUGCAGAAUCGUCUCAGCAUCUCAAUAGUGGAGCGCUAUUGGACCUGGCUGAAAAAAAGAAGAAGAGAGGAUAGGUCGUACCCAAUUCCUCCACUAUUGAUCGGGACGGCAAUAGUGUGUAGCAAGACACUAAGAGCAUAUCCAAGCGACCAACACGGGCCUGUGUCGAUCCGCCAAGCAGAGAACGAUUGGACCUGGCUGGGAUAGAACGGAAAGUGGGCUACAUAACCUAAUCACUCCACUAUUGAUGUGGACUGCCCGUUCAAAUUUUAAUUUUUCGAUGCAGACGCGACGGCAAUAGAGUGCCACACGUACAUACGAGUCC